AUGGUGAUGGUGGAGACUGCUCCAAUGACUUUCCUCAGAUGGGUGUUCUUUGCUUGCUUUCUUUGUUCAUCUUGGUGUCUCAAAACCACAACUCAAUCUUGUGAUCCAAAUGAUUUGCUGGCCCUGAAGGAAUUCGCAGGAAACCUCACAAAUGGGUCCAUCAUAACAGCAUGGUCCAACAACACUGACUGCUGUAAAUGGGAUGGGGUUGUAUGUGGAAGUAAUAUGAAUAGUUCAAUUCAAAGUAGAGUGACAAAGCUGAUUCUGUCCAGAAAGGGUCUUCAAGGGUUAAUUCCAGGCUCUUUGGGCCGCUUAGAUCAGCUAAAAUCACUUGAUCUCUCUUGCAAUCAUCUCCAAGGUGGAUUGCCUUUGGAGCUCUCAAGCUUGAAGGAAUUGGAGGUUCUUGAUUUGAGCCAUAACUUGCUAUCAGGACAAGUUUCAGGGGUGCUUUCUGGUUUGCUAUCCAUUUGGUCACUGAAUAUUUCUGGCAAUCUGUUCAAGGAAGACUUGUUUGAAUUUGGAGGAUAUACAAAUCUUGUUGUAUUCAACAUGAGCAACAAUUCAUUCACUGGUCUCGUCACUUCUCAAAUUUGCAACUCCUUUCUUGAGAUUCUUGAUUUAUCGAUGAACCAUCUCGUGGGCAAUCUUGAAGGCUUGUACAAUUGCAGCAGAUCUCUCCAGCAAUUGCAUUUGGACUCCAAUUCGCUUUCAGGCGCUCUCCCAGACUUUUUAUACUCAAUGUCAGCUUUGCAGCACUUCUCUAUCUCCAACAACAAUUUCUCUGGCCAGUUAAGCAAGGAAGUGAGUAAGCUCUUUAAUCUUAAAAACCUGGUUAUUUAUGGAAACCGGUUUUCAGGCCAUAUACCAAAUGCAUUUGCCAACCUUACACAUCUAGAGCAAUUUGUUGCACAUUCAAAUAUGUUUUCUGGGCCUUUGCCUUCAACACUGUCAUUCUGCUCAAAGCUUCACAUUCUUGACCUUAGAAACAAUUCUUUAACUGGACCAAUUGAUCUUAAUUUCACUGGAAUGCCUAGUCUUUGUACACUUGAUAUUGCCUCUAAUCACUUUUCUGGGCCACUUCCAAAUUCUCUAUCUUAUUGUCGUGAAUUGAAAAUUUUGAGCCUGGCUAAGAAUGAAUUAACCGGAAAAAUCCCUGAGAGUUUUGCAAAUCUCUCAUCCCUUUUGUUUAUCUCACUGUCCAACAAUAGUUUUGUGGACUUAUCUGGGGCACUAAACGUGCUGCAGCGAUGUCAAAAUCUCUCCACUCUUAUCCUCACAAAGAACUUUGUUGGUGAGGAAAUCCCCACAGAUGUAAGUGGUUUUAAGAAUCUAAUGGUCUUAGCAUUUGGAAAUUGUGCUCUCAAAGGCCAAAUCCCAGUUUGGCUGUUGAGUUGCAGGAAGUUAGAAGUUCUUGAUUUGUCGUGGAAUCAUUUGGGUGGAAGUAUUCCUUCUUGGAUUGGUCAGAUGGAGAAUUUGUUUUAUAUGGACUUCUCAAACAACUCCCUUACUGGAGAGAUCCCUAAAAGUUUGACCGAGCUAAGGAGCCUCAUCUCUGCAAACAGCAGUUCACCUCAUCUCACUGCCUCUGCCGGCAUUCCUCUAUAUGUAAAGCGAAACCAGAGUGCUAGUGGUUUGCAAUACAACCAGGCCUCAAGUUUCCCUCCUUCAAUUUUGUUGAGCAACAAUAGGAUAAAUGGGACAAUUCCACCUGAAGUCGGACGGCUGAAAGAUCUCCAUGUCUUAGAUUUGAGCAGGAACAACAUAACUGGGACCAUACCUAGCUCCUUUUCGCAAAUGGAAAACCUGGAAAUUAUAGAUUUGUCAUCCAACAAUCUGUUUGGGUCAAUCCCCUCAUCACUCGAGAAGCUGACAUUCCUAUCAAAGUUUAGUGUGGCUAAUAAUCACUUGAGGGGUCAAAUUCCCACUGGAGGGCAGUUCUAUAGCUUUCCUAGCUCCAGUUUUGAGGGUAAUCCAGGACUCUGUGGGGUGAUAGUUUCUCCUUGUAAUGCCAUUGACAACAUGUUGAAGCCUGGAAUUCCAUCUGGUUCAGAGAGUAGGUUCAGUCGAAGCAAUAUUCUUAGCAUAACAAUCACUAUAGGAGUUGGGCUUGCGCUGCUCCUUGCUAUCGUUUUGCAUAAGAUGUCAAGGAGGAAUGUGGGGGAUCCUAUUGGUGAUUUGGAGGAGGAAGUCAGUCUGCCUCGCCGGUUAUCUGAAGCUCUCAGGUCUUCCAAGUUGGUGCUGUUUCAGAAUUCUGAUUGCAAAGACCUCACUGUUCCAGAUUUGUUGAAAUCAACAAGUAACUUCAACCAAGCAAACAUCAUUGGUUGUGGUGGAUUUGGCCUGGUUUACAAAGCCAACCUUCCCAAUGGUACAAAAGCUGCAAUCAAGAGGCUUUCAGGGGAUUGUGGUCAGAUGGAACGUGAAUUUCAAGCUGAAGUAGAAGCUCUCUCAAGGGCUCAACACAAAAACCUUGUUUCUCUUCAAGGUUAUUGCAGGCAUGGUGAUGACAGAUUAUUGAUUUACUCCUACAUGGAAAAUGGAAGCUUGGAUUAUUGGCUGCAUGAAUCUAUUGAUGGGGCCUCGGUGCUUAAAUGGGAGGUGAGACUCAAGAUAGCUCAAGGAGCAGCUUGUGGGUUAGCAUAUCUGCACAAAGUUUGUGAGCCGCAUAUAGUUCAUCGAGAUGUGAAAUCUAGCAACAUACUUCUAGAUGAAAAAUUUGAAGCACAUUUGGCUGAUUUUGGUCUCUCAAGGCUACUUCGUCCUUACGAUACUCACGUGACAACGGAUUUGGUUGGCACAUUAGGUUAUAUACCUCCUGAAUAUAGCCAAACAUUGAUGGCAACAUGCAGGGGUGAUGUCUACAGUUUUGGUGUUGUUCUUCUUGAGCUUCUUACUGGUAGAAGGCCCGUGGAAGUUUGCAAAGGAAAAAACUGCAGAGAUUUGGUUUCUUGGGUGUUUCAGAUGAAGUCCGAGAAAAGGGAGGCGGAGAUUAUAGACUCAGCAAUUUGGGACAAAGAUCAUCAGAAACAGCUGUUUGAAAUGCUUGAAAUUGCAUGUAGGUGCUUAGACCAGAAUCCAAGGCAGAGACCCCUUAUCGAAGAAGUUGUUUCAUGGCUUGAUGGUAUUGGAUUGCAAGAUUCACAACAAUAA